AUUCGGAUAAGCCGCUACCGUACCAGUGCAUACAGCGAACACGACCAUGGCCUUGGGCCUGGGACGAGAAGCAUCAGGGCAAGAGGACGACAGCCACAACGACCCACCCAAGCGACAUCCAGCCAGACGCGGCUUCACAACCGAAACAAUCGAAAUCGUCUCCCCGUUCCCCCCCCACCCGCCACGGAUCGAGCCGUACAACCCCCUCUGGCCCAUCCACUACGCGCAAUUCGCAAAGGCCACCAAGCGCGCCCUAGGAGCGCGGGGGGUAGCCAUCCACUCGCUCGACCACGUCGGCUCGACCUCGGUGCCGGGGCUCCACGCGAAGCCCAUCAUCGACAUGGACGAGACGGUACGUUGCUGCGAAGAUGGAGGCGGCGAGGGAGUGUGUCACUAGGGGGGAGAGCGGGCGGGAGUAUAAUAUGCGCAAGGAGGCUGGCUUACGGGGGAUUUUUGAAAGGGCAUGUCUUGCGUAUGGGGUCGCUUUGGAGUACUAGUGUGUAGGGG